AUGCGUUUUUUCGAGAUUGCCACCGCGGCUAUGACCGCUGCCUCAACUGCUUAUGGCGCACCUAUGGAGAGACGCGCUGCAGCCGUUGACGAGCUUGUCGGAUUCGCCGCAGGCACCACUGGAGGAGGAAGCGGUGCAGGCACCACUGUCACCUCCUGCGCUGAGUUGACUGCUGCGGCCAAGGCUGGCGGAGUGAUCAAGGUCAAGGGCAUGCUCACUGGCUGCGGCGUCAUCCGCGUCGGUACCGCUGGCACCUCUAUCCUCGGUGUUGGCAAGGAUGCUGGUCUUACAGACUCUGGUCUCCAAGUCUUCAAGACCUCCAACAUCAUCAUCCGGAACCUCAAGUUGUACCGCGCUCCUAAAGGCAAAGACCUCAUCGAUAUUGAGGGCUCGACCAACGUAUGGGUUGACCACAAUGACUUUUCCAGUGUUGGUAUUACCGGCGACAAGGACACAUACGAUGGCCUGCUUGACGCCAAAUCUGGAGCCGAUAUGCUUACCUUCUCCUGGAACAAGUUCCACGACCACUGGAAGGGCUCUCUCGUAGGCCACUCUGACAACAAUGCCUCCAAGGACAAGGGCAAGCUUCACGUCACCUACCACCACAACUCCUUCGUUGGUGUCAACUCGCGUCUGCCUUCGAUUCGUUUCGGCACCGGACACAUCUACAGCUCCUGCUAUGAGGGUGGUAUCUCCGGCGUCAACUCGCGCAUGGGCGCUCAAGUCCUCGUUGAGGCCAAUUCCUUCACCGGUGUUGACAAGGCUGUUGUAACCAACUUGGACUCUGAUGAGGAAGGUUUUGCCGUCGAGAAGGAUAACAUCUUCACCAACAGCCCUACUCAGAUCACUCAGAAGGGUUCUUUCGCACCCAGCUACAAGUACACUGUUGACCCUGCGGCCAGUGUUUGCGCUAUCGUGCAGAAGAGCGCUGGUGUCGGUGUUGUCACCUUCUGA